GCCAGCUGCGCUGUUCUUGAGGCGCUUCACUGCUUCCGGGUCUCGUCGUUAGCGGGUGUGAGAGCAGCACGGCUUUGAUGACUGACUAGUGUGAAUUUCCCGGAGAUCUGCGUUAGCUGCGAGUCUCUGCACUGAUCAGGUGUUUGUCCCCCGCGAGAGAACAGCGAUGGGCUUCCGAAAGAAGAGCAAGAGUCCUCCCGUGCUGAGCCACGAGUUUGUGAUCCAGAAUCACGCGGAUAUGGUGUCGUGUGUGGCCAUGAUCGUUCUGCUGGGGCUCAUGUUUGAGGUGACGGCAAAAUAUGCGAUCAUGUUCAUCACAGUACAGUAUAAUGUCACACAAACCCUGGAUACGGAUGCAGAGGACAAGCCAGAGCCUUUCAGCUACUACAAAUACGGUCCCAAGGACAUGGCAACGGUCUUCUUUUACCUGCUCAUUGCCAUAAUCCUUCAUGCCCUGAUUCAAGAGUACAUACUCGACAAAAUCAAUCGCCGACUUCAUUUGUCCAAAACAAAGCACAGCAAGUUCAAUGAGUCGGGCCAGCUGGCCACCUUCUACUCGUUCUCCUUCAUUUGGGGCUGCAGCAUCCUCACCAGUGAGGAGUUUGAGACAAAUCCGACUUUUCUUUGGGAAGGUUAUCCUCAUAUCCACAUGGCUUUCCAAGUGAAGUUUUUCUAUAUCUGUCAGAUUGCCUACUGGUUCCAUGCUCUUCCUGAGCUGUAUUUUCAGAAAGUACGAAAGGAGGAUAUUCCACGCCAACUGUACUACAUUUGCCUUUAUAUAUUUCACAUCACUGGUGCCUAUGUCCUCAAUCUCCACCGUCUGGGUCUGGUUCUUCUGGUGCCACAUUAUCUGGUAGAGCUGCUCUUCCACGCCUCGCGACUCUUCUACUUCAGUGAUGAAAACAAGCAGAAAGGGUUCACACUCUGGGCUCUGCUGUUUGUCAUCACACGCCUCCUGACGCUCACCGUUUCUGUCCUGACGUUUGGUUUCGGCCUGUCCCGCACUGAUAAUCAGGGAUUCUCUUUAGCAGAAGGAAACUUUAAUGUGCUGACUGUCAGGAUGACAUGCCUGUCAGCCAUCUGCCUGACCCAGGCCUGGAUGAUGUGGAAAUUCAUCAAUUUCCAGCUGAAGAAGUGGAGAGAACAAUCUCAAAUCCAGGCCAACAAGAAGAAAGCUGUCAGCCCAAAAAGCAGACCCAGCAAGAAGGACUCACGAGGGGGUUCAGUCAAUGGAGUCAUGAAACCAGAUGACAAGACGUCGCCAAGAGCAAGAAAAUCUAAAGCCUCGUAAGAGGACAGAGAGAGCAGCUGCCCGAAAUGUGAUGCUCUGUUUCCACUCUGAAGUUUAGACGAGAAACAGAUUUGAUAACUGCAAAAAGAACCACAGAGACAAACUAAGAACUUUGUUGUAUGGCACGGUUCAGGUUUUAUUGAUCUCCUGUUUUUCUGGUCUGCAUCUUAAAAAUGAACUAUAGAUUUAUAAUCAAUCAUUAUAUCCAUUUGCUCGUGACUUUUAGCCAGACUGAGAGGUUUUCUGAAGGUUGACGUGAAGAGUAGAGGUUGCAUCUUCACUCACUUGUUGAGUUUUGUGGUUUGUUGAGUCCAGGAUCUGCAUGACAGAAAGUCUGUCUUGCUCAGAAGAUGAAGCAUUUAUCCGGCCCUGAACACAACUAAACCCUAUUCAGCACCAUUUCUGCGCUUCUUAUGAAACACACAGUGUGGACAGAAGCUUUUGAGAAGUGUCCUUUGUUAAUUGUUAACCUUUAGCCCCUCGGUCCUGAACGCUACUAUGAAGCUCAGUGAGCAACUCCAGUAUAAAGAGGCUGAGGUGGCGAAGGACUGCAACACAAUGUAGCUUUCAAACGACCUUAGCUGUGUGAUUUUACAUUUUGAUACUGAGAGCAGGCAGAACUGAUUUUAGCGUCCCGUUUGUGUGUGAAUGUCACUUGAGGAGAAUCAUUUUAUAAUUGUUUGUAGCGUCUAUGUUUGAGAUGUUUGUGAGAGCGCCCCCUGCAGGCUUGGAUGAUGCUGACAACUAGUUUGAGGGUGUG